AUGGGAGAUAGGAACAAUAGUGCGCCCCUGCGAGCGGUAACUCAAAAUAUAGAUGCGNUGGAGAGUAUCAAAGGAAAGUCAAAUUAUAAAUUUAUUCAGGGGGAUAUCUGUGAACCAGACUUCAUGCGCUAUGUCUUUCAAGAAGAAAGGAUUGAUACAGUUCUUCACUUUGCUGCAGAAUCACAAGUUGACAUGUCAUUCAUAUAUUCGCUUGACUUCACACGCACCAACAUCUAUGGCAGCCAUGUUUUGGUGAACGCAGCUUACGAGGCAAGAGUGGAGAAAUUUAUCCACGUCAGUACAGAUGAAGUCUAUGGAGGAAGUAGCACAGAGGUACUGAAAGAAAAAUCCAACUACAAGCCGACCAACCCAUAUGCUGCCAGCAAGGCGGCUGCUGAGUGCAUGGUGAGAUCAUAUUGGGAGUCAUUCAAAUUUCCUGUGAUAAUAACAAGGUCCAACAAUGUCUAUGGUCCCCACCAGUAUCCAAGAUCAGUCAUUCCAAAGUUUAUUUCUCUGCUGGACAGAGACAAGAAAUGCUGUAUACAUGGCUCAGGUGACAGUAUUCGUAACUUCCUGUAUGUGACAGACGUGGCAGAAGCAUUUGACACCAUCCUCCACAAGGGGGAGCCAGGCGAGAUCUACAAUAUCGGAACAGACUUCAACCUGAGCAUUUUAGGGUUGGCAAAAUACCUUAUAAAGAAACUGAAGGGCAUUACGACAGAGGAGGGCAUGCAGCGGUACCUGGAUUUUGGGGAAGACAGGCCUUUCAAUGACUACAGAUACAUCAUGGACUCCUCUAAGAUUGCCAACCUUGGCUGGCAGCCAAGAGUCACCUGGGAACAAGGCAUAGAAAACACAGUAUUGUGGUACAGAGAGAAUUUCUACAACUGGACACAUGCAGAAGAGAGUCUAGAAGCAUUCCCAACCAAGACGACCACCAUGCCAAAAUUGCUGUGAUGUAUUUGCAAGUAAAGCACCCCGCACACGGUGAGCAAUUGGCGCGCACCACUUGCGCUGCGCUAGUUGCUCGGGCUCCUCAGCUCCCCGCAAACAAUGCGCUCUUUGCUCAGCAGAGAUGCCUCCCGG